ACCACAUCCUUUCCCUGCAACAACCUUCUCUCCUUCCUCCCUUCUUCUUCCUCUCAUCACUUCAACCGUGUCUCCCCGCUGAAUCACCCUUGCCAAAACUUACUGUACCUUACCCUGCUUACCCAUCUUCCUCCUACCCUCAUCUCCCACGAUUAAAAUGAAGCUCCAAACAACCCUGUUAUUACUAGCCGGUGCAUCAACAUGUGUAUCGGCCCAAUGGACAGACUACCUCAAUAAGAUACUGAACAACGGGGAGAAACAAGUCCCUAUGAAAAAGAUGGAACCAGAGGGCCACGUGGAAGAUCGCGAGAUACUCAUCGCGCGGCGAGUGAUGAGCGUCACUUCGGAGAACUGGUUGAGUCUUGUGCAGCCGAGCGCUGCUGUGGCGGCGGAGGAGCUGGGGGAAGAUGCCGCUGCCACUGAGACUGAAGCCUCUACCGCCACGCCGACCGAGUGGUAUUAUUACUUCACGUCUUCAGUCGUGAAUGGGACUAAGAAUGCCACGUAUUGGGAUGGCAUUUUUAAUGUGAGUAUUUUUCUUUUCUUUUUUCCUUCUCUUCUGUUUACCCCUCCCCCUCUUGGCACUUUCGCGAUGCUAAUCGAGAUGUCUUUUCUCUUCUCGUCUCAAGGAUACCGUCUAUACAUUCGCGAGGGAUCUGGAUGUGAACUUUGGAAAAGUAGAUUGCGCGACCGAAGCUUCCAAGGUCCUCUGUAGGGAUUUUUACAUCACAUCGCAGAUCAAGAUCCCACAGUUUUACCACCUCGUUGCGUACCCGGACAAGUCUGUUGAGAUCCGCGAGCUUCCGUGGAACAUGACCACUAUCGAGGUUAAGGAUCAGGUCAACCAUUACACGCAGUUCCACUCCAGCAAGGAGUGGAAGAACGUAGAAGCUUGGACUGGGGUUUUCAACCCCAUCAACGGCACUUUGAGGGAUGUCAGGCCCUAUGCCGGUAUGGCUUUGACAUACUACGAAGCUAUGCCGUAAGUUUGGGCUUGGGUGAUUUAUUUGGCAAUUGAGAUACUGAUUCUUGCGCUCAGACAAUGGGUCCCUAUGAUUCUUAUCGGUUUCGUCGGAAGGUCUAUUAUGUACGAUUUCGCUUUCAGAAUUUUUUUCAUAUAUCGUUUUCUUUCGCUUGCUGACUAUUGGAACAGGACACGGGUCUCGAGGCGUACCACCGAGCCGACUCGUGCUGGCACACAGCCAGCUCCUCAAGAAGCGUCAUAGAUACUUUUCUUCAUUACGAUGGUGUAUCGGGGAGGUGGGGGAUUGAGCGAAGGGUUGUUCUCAUUCUAGAUGUAUGAUGGGUUUCGUAGAGAGAGGGAUGGUAUUGCUAUUUAAUGUACGCUCGUGACGGAAAAGCGGUGUUACGUGGU